UUUCGAUCCGGUACCAGCAUCAGCUGCACUCACUUUCGUUUUGAUCCGCCAAGAUGGAGGUAGCCACCGUCGACGACCCGAAGUUCGAGUAUCAGACCGCCACUCUGAACGGGGUCAAGUAUAAUUACAUCCAAGCAGAGCCGGCGUCAGGCAAGGUGGUCGGUACCAUUUUCCUCAUCCACGGGUGGCCGGACCUGUCACUGGGAUGGCGAAACCAGAUCCCCUUCCUCACCUCCAAGGGUCUGAGGGUCAUCGCCCCGGAUAUGAUGGGCUAUGGCGGGACUGAUGCGCCUGAAGACCUGAGCUUGUACACUUUCAAGCGCACCUCAGACGACAUCGCCGCCCUCGCCAGUCACCUCGGCCUUUCGCGCAUUAUCCUCGGCGGCCACGACUGGGGUGGAGCCAUCGUCUAUCGCGCCGCACUGUGGCAGCCGGACCUGGUCGCCGCCUUCUUCGUCAUCAGCACACCCUUCGCCGCUCCGCGCGCCACCUACGUCGACCAGGCCCUCGCCCUGCCCACGCUGCACUACCAACUGCAGUUCCGCACCGAUGCCGUCCAAGAUUACAUCGGCCCCGUUGAUGCGCAAAACGCCACGCGCGUCCGGCAGAUCCUGAACACCAUCUAUGGCGCAACGCUGCCCGAUGGUGGGUCUGCGUUCAACGCUAGUGGUGAUGGGUUCACCUUUGAGCUGCUUGACCAGGUGACGGAGGACACUCCGCUCCUGAGCACGGAGGAGUUGGAUUUCUACGUUGACACCUACAUGGCCGACCCUUUCAACCGCACCCUGAACUGGUACCGGACCGGAGAGCUGAACUGGGAGGAUGAGAAGGUGUUCGUGGCCGAUGGGGCUGCGUACGCGGCCAAGUACGCGCAGCCUGGGCUUUAUAUCGGCGGAACUCAGGAUCCGGCGCUGCCACCAGUCUUGUCGACAGGCAUGGAGGCAUACUUCGACAGCCUGUCCCGUGGCGAGGUGGAUGGUGGGCACUGGGUCAUGUGGGAGAAGCCGGAGGAGGUUAAUGGUUUCGUUGGCAACUGGCUGACCAGCUCUGUGCUCGGAAACUUGACUAUCGGUCUCAACCUCACGGCGGGAAUGGGAGCUGCAAGCGCUCUUGCGAUCCGGUAAUAAGCGCCGCUGCUCUUAACCAGAAAUAAUGUGAAGAGUGCACAUGCAACUUUGAAGGUCCACCAAUGGCCUCUGGUGUUGUUGCGCACUUCCAGAGUGUUUCUAGAAUACUUUAGGAGCUGGAAUAUACCACCAUCCAUAAUUAAUCUAUUGCCAAUCCUUCGUGUCUGUUGUACGUUUCGGCCAUCUCUGUAUGUUGAGCAUGCAGGCAGCGACAUCAACCAUCUUACUCAGCCUUCCCGCGCAAGCUCAGUGAGCAAUCUCUGUGCACCGUAGCAAUGUUGUACAUGAUCCAGGAAGUCAACCGUAGAAUACGCUGUUCUGGCCAAUCGGCUCAGCUCUCGAUCAGGCUCGACGCCGUCUGGCAGUAUAUGAGCGAGAACAUCGACUGGCAACCGACUACGAUGGUCGUCUGUCCACUCGCAGCCCCGACACCAGUGACCGUGCUCGAUCUCGCCCGAACUCAAGAGCGAGUCAAAUCGGAUUGACGCCCGCCCGAAAUAACGGCCGACCAGGCUGCUGCCAACGUCUGGUACCAAGUUCGCAUCAAAGUAUCCCUCUGACGAUAGCAGAGUUCGUAACUGCCUUGCACUAUAAGCUCCUGGUCCGGUGAUGGGCCAUUCAGCAAGUGCUCCCCGAAGUCGUUCCGCAGACCCGUAUUUUGACAUCGCUACCUCCAAAGCGUCGGCCACGGCGACGAGGCUCGCACUACCCCAUUCGAGCUGCCGGAUUCCGUAUCGACCUGGGAUGCUCCACAUGACAGGAAACUGUUCUUGAUCCGCUUCAGUCAGGCUGAGAGCUUUGCGAGCCACCCCGACAGGAACCACCAGCCGCUCCUUUCUGAACUGUAGGCACUGCCAACAAGUCCUGCUACAGGUAGGGAGGAACAGGAACGCUCCAUAUCCUGAGCAUGUCUCGCAGGACUGUGAUCUUAAGACGCCGUGUAGCCGGGAUAUCGAAUGUCGGCGGAUGAUUUGGGUCCUGCUUAGCGCCGCCAGGGCAUCGGCGGCAUGAGUCAAGAGAUUUUGGUAUGAGGAGAGAGAUCCCGAAAAGACAUGUGCCCGGAAGCAAGUCUGUGAGAAACGGGUCAAUGAGAGCACAUCAAGCUGCUCCAAUAUCUCAUCGAGUAGCUCGGCGGGCAACGCGUCGAAGGCGCCAAUGAAUGAUGGUCGGUUUCGGGUGUUCAAGGAGACCGAGGGGCCGGGCGGAUCGACUAUUGUGAUCAUCGACUGAGUCAUAACCUUCGGUUGAUGAGAAAGCUGAGCCACAAGCUUGUCUCUCUCGCUCCCGUGGCGUGACAUUGCGG